AAUGGACAUAAUACUUCAUUCUGAUGAUAUUUUUAUUCGAAUUCGCGUAAAACUUUCUGGUCGCACUUCUGCGGAAUGUUCCUCCAUCCAUAAAACACAAAUGGAUCUCGAAUGAUUAAGUAUGGGACAGCUGUCGCCCGAAUAAUGAGCCUGACGUCACGGCAGACCGCCAGGUGCCGGGGGGUCCUUCGGAGCAUCCAGUGUGCCACGAACUUUGACUGGUGGAGACUCGUUUUCCAGGGGCUGGUGGCUGCGCUACGCUGCCCUCCUUGAAUUUUCUCCCGUUUUGAAUUCUCCCCGGCUUCAUACCCAAGAGGUUGCUCCUCCUCCUCUUCUUCCUCCACCACCACUUCGACGACGCUACCAUGACGCGGCAGCGACCACCACCAACUGCGUCGGUUCUUCUCCCUCUCGCCUGCCUUCCUUCUUCUUCUUUUCUGCAUCAAUGAAGCCGCCGCUGCUGCCAAUUCCUCGUCUGGUACCGGAGACCGGAGGGAAACACAGAUUCACGAUCAGAAGGUCAUGAAAAAAGUAGCGGCAAAUCCCGAAGGAGGCGACGACGAAGAGAUUGAAGAGAGUGAAUAUCAGCGGAAAGUCGACGUUCCCGACUUCGGCGCCACCAACGACCCCUACACCAUAGUCGAGGAAUCGGACACGUGUUACUGGUGUGGCACCAAUGUGCCCGAGGAUGACGAUGAACACAGAGCUGCCACCAUCUACACAUUCAGCGAAUACGUAGCACCCGGGACGUGUGUGACCAACAAAUCGCCCAGGUACCCAACAAGAUACCCCAACAACGUCGAUUAUCGCUGGACUUACACUACACACGCCGACAGCGUGAUGACCUUCACAGUCCCUGCUGGAGGCCUCCAGACCAGCACAGGCUGCCACAGGGAUAAGCUGAAUGUGAGAGUGGGGACGACAAUUACAAAGAAGUGCGGCCAGUUCUACAACUUCCAAAUCAACUCGAGAGACACGGCCAUCAUGUAUGUUCGAUUUGCAACCAAUUACAGAAUUCGCUGGCAUGGAUACACCGGAACCAUCUGCGCAUCUGCCCUGCCAACAACACCACCUCCCCCCACAACAUCUGAGCCCCCUACCACAACCACAAGUGCUCCACCAGAGCCCCUACUAUGUGAUGACAUCUGCGGCAAUGCAAAUGGAUUUACAAGUCGUAUCAGCCAGACGAACGAUGCUCCUUUAGUCUAUCCUUGGGUUGCCACUGUUGACAUCAUGAGGGACAACGUGUACGUCAGAUGCACGGGCUAUCUGAUAUCAAGAGUACACGUGCUCACCUCCGCCUUCUGUUUCUUCCAACACCAACAGGAUAUUUACGAUGAUUCUGGAGAAUAA